AUGAAAUCGGUUGAUAUAGAUACUAAAGAUGGAAUGAAGGUUAUUGUGUUCGCGUUCGAUAGAGUUUGUUUUGAAACUAUGGUAUUCCCUCAUACUGUCGGUCAUGAGUGCAUGGCUUUUGCUAUCCACCAACUUGGAAUAACAGAUGCAAGAUAUUUUGGUUUCCGUCACGUCACUAAUGACGUGAGAGUUGAAUGGAUUGAUUUGAACAAGCCUUUGGGGACCCAACUCGACAAACAUUGUAGUCAACAUUGUUUUUAUUUUGGAGUGAUGUACUAUAUAUCGCGUGCUUAUAACAUUAAGGAUGAGGCUGCCCUGUAUCAGUAUUUCAGGCAACUUCAUGUUGAUUAUUUAUAUAGUCAGUAUGAUUGUUUACUUGAAAGGGCUAUCAAACUGGCUUCGUUUUACCUUCGAGUGAUUCUAGGUCCAUACGAUCCCAAAACGCAUACUGUUACGACAGUGGGCCGCCACCUUCUUUUUCCUGCUAGCAUACGGAGGGACGAGAAAAUUGCUACAGCUGCUCAAGAAAAAGCUUUUCAGAAUUACCAAACCCUUCAUAUAUCUUCUACAACUAGUAUGGUUUUUUAUAUAAUUGAAUUCGAGUCUGCGACGUACUACGGCCUAGAGUGUCACCCUGCCAUACUUUCCGAGAGUCGUGAGGCGGUGCAUCUAAUAACGUCCUACAACGGUAUCAUGGUGAAAUAUUUAAGGUCCCCUGAUGCUUUUCUCCUCAAGUGGUCAGAUAUUGCCGCAGUCACACGUUCUCAAAAGUCUAGUAUAAUUAUCCAACAGUUAUCUCGCUCCAUACAACUAGAACUGGCUGAUAAGAAGAGAGCAAAAUAUUUCUUCCAAAUGGCUUUCCUUUUGAUGCAUUUUUAUCAAGAUAAUCCAGAGUUCUGCGACAGAUCGACAAAGGAACCUGCCAAGCCUGACGGCUACGAAUCUUACUCGUUGCUGCUGUCAAGUUCUCAGUCGGAGACUCUGAGAUCUGUUCUUCGUUACCAGCAGUCGCUGACUUCUAUUCCUGAUAACGUUCGAUCGUCUCCCAAAUCUCUUUAUGAAGCUACUGAAACUGCGCAAUACCUCCUCGCUCAACCGUCACGUCCAGAACAAACUGCUCUAGGUGCAACAGAAGCAAUUACUAGUCCAUCGAAACCCUUAACGAGCGUCAGCGCUGCUGAGAUACGUCUUGAUGAAGAAUUAUUCCUGACUGGUUCCAAGGAUAUAAAAUAUGAAGCGAAGAAACUUAACAAAAGUAGUCAAACGCAAUCUUUUUACAUAUCUAUGAUUAAUGAACGAUUCCAGAAGUAUACCGAAACCAGUCCGAUGCAUUUACUUUCUCAAACUUUAAAAAAUAUUCUGCAGUAUCUAGAUGCAAUAGAAAAGGCUGAAGGUGAAACCCAAGCGGAUAUUAAAUCUAAACAAAGUACGGAAAAACAUUUCUCCGAUUCGCAACCAUUGAAAGAAAGUGGCAUUCCUUAUAGAUAUCCACCCAAAUAUCCAUUUCCAAAAACCAAGUCGAAGGAUACGGACAUAGAUCCUGCGAAACCUAUUACCGUAGGGCAAAUUUUGAAGAGAGUUCAAGACAUUCAAGUACGAGAUAAAAGCACUGAGUCCGUUUCACCCGCUAAAUUGGAGAAAAGUAAGGAGUCGAAAGUUUCUGAAACUCAAACCAUGUUGCCUAGUAGGAAGUACACAUAUCUGAACCACCGGUAA